AUGUGCAACUUGUGGGGGACCCGGGGUGCUUCUUCCCGCGCUCCGCCCGGCAAUGAAUGCGACCCGGCAAGCGCGGCGAGGCGGGCGGGCAUCGGGGACGUCCACAGGAACCCUUUAUGCCAGUUUUCGCCCGCGCCAAAAUCGUUUUUUCAUAUCGCUGGCGGUUGGACAUGGCAUGGUACUCGAAUCAUCGACCCAAGGAUCAUCGAGCGAAGGGAUCACCGAGCUCCAACAUCUACUCAACUACGAACGUCCAAACCCGUUCGAUAA